ACUUCCCAGCUUGCGACUUUGCACACUUACCCGACAAGAGGCAUUCUCCUUCACCACCAGCGACAGCCGCCAUGGGUAUCCCGCUCCCCACCGACUCCUCAGUGAAGCUCAACCUGUCGCAUCAGGAGGUGUCCCGGAUCAUUGAGGAAUUGGAAAAGGCGUAUACUCUCGCCAACGUAGAAUGGCUCCCUUCAGAUCCCAUCGCUGAACUCCUUUGCCGGGAAUUGGGAUAUGAGGACAUGGAAGAGUUCAAAGACGCUCUAGGAGGAACAUUCACGGAGCUUCUGAACACUCUCCCGGACGUAGAGACAUUGCGUGACGAUGCAGGGCUCGUGCGCUUUAAAGUCUUGCCGGAGCCGGAUCAGAAAGACUGGAAACCACGGACGCUGAAGCUGCGAAUCACUGAUCGGUCGCAAUUGUGGAAUGUUUUGCUGAAGAGUCCUUAUGCGGCAUUGCAGGUGCCGGAGAUGGAGUUUGCGAUCCAGAGGAACGGCGUCAAGCGGAUAGAUUCCAUCUACAACCACAUCGGAAACAGCGUUUUCGAACUAGCCGGGCAUCUCCGGACAGUCCCUGUCUCGAACGACCACGGCGAAAAAAUCGCCGACUGCAUCGGCUCUCUGAACGACCUGUUGGACGUGCCCGUCCCGUGGUCCUGCGUGGUGGUGGACCCGUCGGGAAUCUCGCAGUUCUCUGAUAUGGCGGAUGUGGAAGUUAUUGAUGGCAUUGUAGAGUCGGACGAUGAGGAUAAAGACGAUGAGGAUGAGAAUGAGAGCGAGGAAAAGGCAGAGGAGGUGCCGGCUUCUAGCGAACCAGCAGUAGAUUCUCAGAUCUGAGUAGGCGUAUAUAUUAGGCAUAAUCUAGAUGGACGUUUAGACCUUGGUUUGAGCAGCUUUUCGUAAUUUAUCUUGAUGGCGAGCACAACGCGAAGAUGCUG